AUGUUUUUAAAAUUACUACUCCUUCAGUAUCUGCUUUAUACUGUAAAUGCUCAAGGAGGUCCAUUAGGUUUGUUCAAUAUUUUAACUGGUGGUAUUGGUGAUGACAAAGUAAGGUCUAGAAUUGAAAAAUCAUUCUCAAGGAUUUUUGGCGAAGAACCACGUAAGUUUGGUCAUUCGGAAACAAAGUUUCUUCAAUAAUUAUGAAAACAAAGUUUCUGCAACAUAUUUUACAGUAACCUUCUAUAUAAUAUAUGGUUGUUCAAAAUCAAUAUUAUCAGGUUGUUCAAAUAGUUUUGUGCCUUUUUGCAAAGCCAAUUUUUGAAGUGAAGGAGCACACAAUUAUUUGAACAGUCUAAUAACAAAAAUAUUGGUGCCGACAUAAAGAACCCGCCAUACUUUUCCAGUAAUUUCCUGUAAUAAAUGGCGGGUUUUUUAUGUCGGCAUCUAAUAUUUUCUAGCAGCCGAAGAAAAAGUGAAGCCAAGCGAAGUAUUCGGCCGAGCCGGUGGCAAGUUACGCCCUUUUGACUUAUCACCAAAGUACGAGCUGAACGACAAUAUUCAUGGAUCCUCAGACUCAUGGUUACCUCCACACACCUUUCCCGAAGAACCUUUGUUUAGCAUCGAAGUCGGACAACCGGCGGUAACAAAUUUUAAGAAAGCCAAUGAAAAUCAACCAGUCGAAAGAAAAAUUAAGGAACUGUUCCUGAUGCCAUUCGAAGGUAUUCAAAAUGCCAAAGAGUCUUACAAACACAAGAGAAUUGAUAUUGUUGAACAAAAAGACGAUGUGAUUGAAGGUAGCGGCACAGGUAGUAAAGAAGAUUUGAUAAAAGAUACCAAUGAAGACAAAAAGCUUGUUGAGGUUAAAAAUGUUUUGGAUCUGAUUAAUUGCUUUAUGCAGUAUGGUCGUGAAGUAAGUUUUCUAAAAUCACCAAAUAUUUCAAAAAUUUUUGAUAAAGUUAGGUUAAGGUAAUAAGGAACGGUAGAGUAAAAUAGGCCUUAAUAGAUUUGGUCAUCCCAUUUUUUAGCCGUUAGGUAAUGACUCCUUGUAGAAAAAUGCUGUCAAACCCCAGCUUGUCAGCUUUGGCUUAGUAAACUUAGAACUGUAGGCUUAGGCUUAGUAAUGACCUUUUAAAACAACAACUCUAUCUCUAAAGGCUAAAUUAGGUUUAGUAGUUUUUUUUACAUUUUUUAGGUUUUAGAGUAAUGACGACUCGUAGUAAAAUCAAGUCAAAACCACAACACUCGCAGUAAUUUGUUGCUAUUUCCCAGCACUCGCAGUAAUUUGUUGGGUCGUUUUACACCAAGGCAAAUGUUACCUAAAAUCAUAAAAUUACAUAAGAAAAAGUUGCGCAUUACCACUUCUGACAAUUUCUCUAAGGCUACUCAAUUACAUGAUAAUAUUGAGUAAUUUGCGAAAAACUGUAACUAUUAUGUAAGGCAAUAUCAGUGAAUAUCUUUGGCUACAGAGGCUCUCGACCUUAAAAAGAGAUGAAGGAAGGAGGUAUAAUAUGAUAGGAGCAAAGGAGGGACGAUUUUCAGUUAUCUAUAAUAAUAAAAGUUGAUUUUUCAGAAUGAAAAGCUGGGCUUCUGUUUUGGUGGUGAAGACCGCAAAAAGAUCAAACCAUUCUACUUGGCUGCACGUUCUAACAAAGACGUAGGUAUCAGUAUAUACAACAAAAUGAGCCUUCUCCAAGUUUUCUCUUUAAAACACCUAAUUUCAGUUAGAAAACGAAUGCAGUGGAGCCUACAACCUCAGUGAGUAUAUCAAAGAACGGUCAAUUCACAAAAAGCUGUUUACCAACAAGUUCCACUGUUCUCCCAGUCACAGUCUAGACCACGCUGAGUUCAGAUUCCAUGAUUUUGAACGAGGUGCGAUUCAAAUUGUCCAGCAGUGGAAGCUGAUAAAUAGUACUCAAAAUGAAACACAAAAAUUCACGGAUGAAUCACAACGAUAUACGGAGGUAGUCAAGGUUAAUACCGAGAUUUAUGGUCUGGAAUGUGUUCACUUUACUAAGACUAACGACUUCUGGCUUAUGAAUGAAAAUGGUGAAAUCUUCCAGACUAUGGUAAGUAGUGUUUUUAACCUACCCUACCCCAUCGUACCCCGUAGUACCCAACCCCCACUCUACCUUACCAUACCCUGCGGCCCCCCCCAACUUUACUCUAAAGUAUUUUGCCUUACCCACCCUAGUCUACUCAAUAUUACGCCAUUUAUAGGGCAAACAACCAUCCUACCAGUUCAGAAUCGACCGUCUUCGCGCUGACGGCGAAUGGGGAUUCCCACUCAAGACUGAUAUACAACAACUCCCAUUGACCGGUCGAUUCGAAGGCCUUCGCUGCAGUUUAAGAAACUAG